UUUAUGACCCAAUUUUUCACAUGGUCUUUACAUUUAAGUCCCGAGACGAGUUGAUUUCCUCUUGCUCCCCUUCGGUUUUUGCAAACGCGCAAAUACAUUGUGUUGAAGGAAAAUCAAUAGAAUGUCACAAUACAAUUGGAAGCCGUGAGCUCAUUGUUCGUUUGCGGUGGUUGUUGAUUUCGAAUACAAUAGCGAGUGUUUGUUUGAGCUUGGCGAGUGGAAACAGAGUCACAACCAUAACAACAACAACAGUAGCAAAGAUGGAACGAGACCGAAGAAGGAUUAGCACUUUGUCAGCUUUCCGUGCCUGGCGAAUCCGUUUCAUCGUUCGAUGUUCCACAGUAGUUUUCCAUGUGGUGUGGUGUCAGUACGAAAGUUGAUUUCAAUUGUGACACAAUGAUUUCGAGAAUGUUCAGUAUUUAUCUGGUUCUGUGCUAUUUGCUAACAAUAUGUUUGUCUUGUCGACUGCUCGUGCCAUCGGAGCUUUUGAACGGUUGUGUAUUUGAUCCGAUGAUAAUUUCCGUUUCACACGCUGGAUUCUCGAUAAAUCGUGAUAAUUGCAAUUCGGUCAUCGCUAAGCAUGUUUUUGCCGAGCAACCGUUGGUGUAUUAUGGACGCGCCCGAUCGGACCGUACUUAUACCUUAAUGCUGAUUGAUCCAGAUUAUCCACACCAUGCUAACGGUCAAUUCUAUUUACAUUGGUUGGUUACGAACAUUCCAGGCGAGUUUUUGCGUCAAGGGUUAACCUAUGAUAUCGGCGAAUACAUUGUCGGCUAUCAGGCUCCUGAUCCACCUGUUUUUUCUGGACAACACAGAUAUAUGGUUUUCGUGUACGAGCAAUUGGAACACGAAAUUGAGGUACCGCAACCGGACGGACGGGCAAAAUUCGAUCCGAUAUCAUGGAUGGAGUCGUUUGGCGGUGAAGAUGUCAUUCGUGGCCCGAUCGCCUCCAUUGGCUUUAAAACCGAGUUCUAAUCUAAUCGCCGCAAUGGCAUUUUAUCGAAACGGAAAUUCAAUAUUAAUCAAGCAAUGAGAACUUGCAGAAAACCUCCACCUCAAUCGUAUCUUAGCAUAAAUUUUCAGUCGUACCUUUAAAAUGUCAAAGCAUCGGAUUGAAUGCGUUGUCUUUUGUUUUCUUCUUGGUUUUCAUUCGUUUCGUUUUUUUGUUCCAAGUUUUUUUCUUUGCAUUCCGCUGCAAUGGAGAUUAGAUGGAGCAACCCACGCGUACCGCACUUUGAAAGAGUAAAAACUCUUUAAUAUCUCAUACUUUGAAUAGCAAGAGACAAUAAGCGAGCACAAGACACACAAAUAAGUGUACGAACAAACAAACAGCGCUACGCUCGUCGUCGUCGUCGUAUCACAGUGUACCAAUCAUUUCUGCAUCAGUUUUCAUUAAGAUUCAAUUGAAAAUUCAGCAUGCAAUCGCAAAAUCUUUAAUCUCCCUUGAUAUAAUUAUCCAUGAUGAAAUUGUAGAGAUAGAGAGAGAGAGAGAGAGAGAGAGAGAGAGAGAGAGAGAGAGAGAGAGCUCAUUCACAACACCGUACACAACUCUCUCCUUUACUCUCCUGUUUUAGCCGUGUGCAAUAUGCGACGAGAGACCAAAUUAAUGUUGUCGUUCAUUUUUUCUCUCUCUUUCUCCUUGGAGUUCAUUUAUCAAAAACGAUGGUGUUGCAUCGAAAACCAUCUAGACUCCAUUCAUUGAAAGGCGAUACACAUAGCGAAUGCUCGUUGUUGUUUUUGUGUGCGUUCCAUUGAGAGACAAAAGCUACAACCUCACCAUAGUAACGGAGCGUGCGAUAUAAUCAUGUACGUUCGUUUCAAUUCCACAUAUGUCGAUACAUGCAUUUCGACGAUGAGCGUGCGCGUUCAUACCAAGCGCAAAAAUUCAUUCAUAAAAUUGGUUACACACAGUCAAUAGAAAAAAAGCUUCGUUCCAUGAGCUGUGCAAGAGUCUCUCGGGUGUCUUUGGCAAACACGAGCGAGUGAAACUCUGAAAAAUAACGAUGCAACACAAAAGAAGAAAAAAAACCAACAGCAUCAAACUCGAGAAAUUUAUGAAUGAAAACCUAUACCAAACCGAGAUGUGUGCGGCAUCGUACGACACCACGUCGUAUACUUUCAGCACGUAGUGUAUGAUGCAGUGUUCCGUUGAGCCAGAGAGAGAGAGACUAAUAAAUUUCAGUGUUCAUGUUUCAACGUAUAAACAUGAGAUGUGUGUAUUAUAGACACACGUACCCGUGCACGUCAAUCGAGGUAAAUUACCUCAAAUUAUUUGCAGCUGAUCGCUAGUUUUUAUAAAUUCGCGGCGGAAAAAAAUGUAACCGACAACCGACACACUCGAAAAUAGCGCACACACCACAUGAACUAUACACUUUUAUUAGACUGCCAAAAUAGGCAGCAGCACAAAAUGAAACACGUCGUCAUAAUCCCGCACGGAGAAGGUGAAAAAUGUAUAAUGGAAAUUGAUAGAGGGGAAAGGCUUUGAUUGUACAAUUAAAAGCACAAAAACUAUGCCAUUGUGAGCGCAAUUUUAUCGCAAAGUAUAUACACGUCGAAUGUAAAUGGCCACAAUUUGGUUAAAUUAUAAUUCCGUUGGAACACAUUUAUGUGACAUAUAACCAUCGACAACGUUCGGCCCGCUGGUGUGUAUGUGUAUGUUUGUGUGCGCAUUUUGCAUUCGAUUGCAUGCUAAUUUAUAUAUUUUUAUGAAAUUACGUCAUUCAUAUUUUUACCAAGCUCAUUUGGACUGCUCUUUUUUCUCUCUCUUAAGAGCGUACGACUUGCUAAGCACUAAGAUUAAUAUUGUAAUUGUUAUUAACAUAAAUUCUACUAAACUUGAAAAACCAUUAUAUUUUUCUCUUGAUGAAAAGACAUAUGCUAAACCAGGUAAACACACAAUGAAAUGAUUAACCAAAGAAUCCAUCAUACGUAGGCUUUUCGAUUUAUUUGUCUCUGCACUUUGUUUUACUCAAAAUAAAGUGUGUGCACACUGCACACACACACACACCGAGCGCAAUUUUCUUAAUUCCCAAGCUUUCAAACAACUCGAUUGAACGAUUAAUUUUUAAUUGAUCAGUUGAACCUCUUAAUCGAAACAAGUUUCUAGUUUGAGCUCAACCAAACCUAAAAAAUAGAUCUUUUUCUUCGGCAAAUUUCAUGCUAAUGGAAAGCAUUUCAGGAUAAGAGCGAAAAUAAAAAUAACUCAUGUAGAUCACAUUAAUUCCAAUGUAAAAUUCCAAAAUAAAGAGACCUUUUUACCAUUCUAGAAUUUGACCUAACGCAAUAAA